AUGAUCAGUUUCUUAUCCGAUCAGCCCAUGUGUGCGCAAGAAGCGUCGCUAGCUUCAAAAAAAUGGCAGCUUGAAGUUGGCAAGCUCAAAUCUCUGUUGAGCUUCAGGGCACAUGUCGUUUGCAAAGCCCUUGGGGAUAUAGACGCCGCCAUUGGAUACCUCAAGGAAGCGAUCAAGCAUGACCCUAAAUGUGCAGAGAACCCAGAGGACCGACCCCCAACAAAGUGGGUCUUUGGUGUUGGUAGCUGGACACAUCCUCGGUCUGUCUACACUCGUGGAACGCCACUCAGUAACGUAUACCUCGUAGAGAACCCAGUAGAGAUGCUGGACAACCUGAAAGCCGAGCGUGGAACAAGCAGCGAAGAGGACGCCUCCAGAGUGAAUCACAUCAUUACGGGUUGA